AUGAAUAAAAAGAAUAAAAGGAAUAAAACAAAUUCUGAUCUUUACUCAAUAUAUCAAAUACAAAAAGAAUUAACUUGGGAAGUGCAGAAAAAUGAUAUAUUAACGAAGUUACUACCACCAUUAAAAAGAAAAAUUAACAAAAAAUAUAAAGUUACGUCUGCAGAUAUAGUACAAAUGUUGCAGCGGUGCCAUAGGUCUCAGCAUCAUGAAUAUAAUAUUGAAACCAAAGGUGAAGACUUUGUAAAAAGAAAUUCUAGACGUGCAACAAAAAAUACAGCAAUGAGUAAUGGUGGGGACAAGUAUAUAAAAAGAUAUCCAAAGAAAGAUCUUGAAAAGAUUUUGAAUGAUACUGGGUAUCACUCAGAAGAAUGGGAAGAAACAGAUGACGAAGAAUUAAUGACAACAACAACAACAACAUUAUUAUCAUCAUCAGCAGUAGCAAGAACAACAUCGUCAUUAUCAUCAUCAGAAGCAAGACCAACAAUUAUAGAUAGUGAUUAUGAUAUAGUAAUUCGGAUCUGUAAGAAACAAAAUAAACCAAGAAUUAGAAACAUUGUAUCAAAGAUCCAUCGAGAGAUAAAUCCUCCCAAAGGGGCCCCUUCAUGGACACUUAGUGAAGAGGCAUUAAUAUCUGAAAAUAGAGAUAAAA